AUGGCGGUUCUCUUUCUCUUAGCAGCUUUGCUGCAAGGUGAGGUUGGAGGAUCGGUCACCCAUCAGUGCUUCUACUCCAUCAUGCCGGCCAACAAAUACGACCGAAAAUAUUGGUGCAAAAUAGCAGCAAGCGGAGUUUGCUACACCGUCAUUUCUACAACCGGCUACACCUCAAAGGACUACGUGGGGCGAGUGUCUCUCAAGGACAUCCCCGAGAAUGGCACCUUCACAGUGAUCGUGACAGAGCUGAAGAAGAGUGACACGGGGACCUACCGAUGUGGCAUCGGCACCACCAACAGAGACCUGUACAUCAGCCUGAACCUGACGGUUUUGGCAGAUGCUGGUGCGUUGGGGCCGACUGAACUCAUCCGGGGGGAGCUCCGUGGCUCUGUCACGGUCCUGUGCCCACCGGGGGACACCCAAGGUGGCAAGAAGAGGUUCUGGUGCAAACUAGGGAGGACUGGCUGUGCUCUCAUCGCCGACACCGACGGCUAUGUGGGAAAGAGGUACCAAGGACGAAUCUUUAUCACCCCUCAGGAGAGCUCUGGAGCAUUCAAAAUCUUGAUAAAUGACUUAAAAAAGGAAGACUCGGGGCUGUACAGGUGUGGGAGAGGAAGGCUUAGCGAUCAGCACCAGCAGCUGGUGGCUCUGCAGGUGACAGCAGCCUCCACCCUCCCCAGGAGACCAAAAUUUCUGAGCGGCGCAGUCGGAGGCUCGCUGUCCUUGAAGUGCCACUAUGAUCCCCAGGGGAACUACGAGAAGAAGUAUUUGUGCAGGUGGAAGGGAGCCAGCUGCUCGCUGCUCGUGGAUGCGGACGGGUUUGUGCACGAGUCGUACAAAGGGCGAAUACAAAUCGCCAGCAGCGACCCAGAGAACGGGACUUACACGGUGGUGAUGAGGCACCUGACAGAGGAGGAUGAGGGAUGUCCGGCCACCUACAGCACGCCCACGCAGAGGAGCAUCACGGGCCUGACGUACGCUACAGGCACCGUCACCAGGACCACCAGCACCCUGCUGUCCACUGCCAACCCCGGCGCCUUUGUAACCUCCCCAGACGAAAUCCAUCAUGAGAGCUCAUCAGGUGAAUCCCGUCUACUCCCAGUUGUGUUACCAGCUCUCAUUUUACUGAUUUUCAUCACUAUCUCUAUUCUUGCCCUGACCAAAAUAAAGCUUCAAAAGGAGACGGAAGAGAAUAAAGCCGAAUUUUAA